CUCCUCUCUGUACCUGUCCACCACCAUCACCUCUAAUCCCUUCAAAGGUAGGUUCCUCAUCAUAUUGUCACGAGCACGGAGUAUACCUCCUUCCAAUUGGCGCCAAUUAUUCUGCACUUCUUUGCGCAUCAGGUUUGUUUUCAAUGCAGUCACAUGGAGUCCCUAAGACUCUCCCUUGCACACUGAAAUGCUUUCCGAUAUUUUCUGCUCACCUCUCAAUCUCAAUGCUACCCAAGAGUCCCAGUCUUCCGUGAUACCGCACAUGCCAAAGAUGCCAAAUCAAAAUCACAGCAAACUUUCCCAAUUUCCCGCAACUCUAUCAACAAAAGAGCAGGGGGAAACGAACCAAGGAUCACACAGUCACACAGCUCAAAAUAAUUCUGGAGACUUCAACUGCCAAGCGGCGAAUCCGAUUGCGCGGCUGUCUCCAUGCGUCUGCAGAUCCCCCCCUCCCUCUCCCCUCUCAAAAUCAAGGAAGACACAUGAGAAGAAAAAAAAAACCCUGGUGCAUCGCAUUUUACUCAAAUCCGCCAUCGAAUUCUGCAAAAUCCCGUCUUGUCAUGCUCGACCGACCUUCCCAGUCCUUCCAAAGUCACACCACAGCUGCACCUUGACCUCGGCGCGCUCAACCUUUUACCGACCGACCGACCAGCCAGUAACCAGAAAAAAACUCCAUGGUUCACCUCAUGCGAUUCGAUGUCUCCACCGCAGCUGCAUCAGUGUUUUCACCCGGGACCACCUCUUUUCACCUGACAGCUCUUCCGAGUCAUCCGCCUUGGUACGCGAAGACGGGUUUCGUCAACAGGUAUUUCGAGGGAUGGGUCUCACAUGCGUUAAGUGGCACAAUAUGAUCGCUCCAGAUGGGAUCCAACAAUGGAAGCACCCGUACACCGUGUCUUAAACGCCAUGGCCCAUGCAACACGUCUAAUCCCCCGCGCCUCUGUCUGCUCUCGAAUUACGACUUUGUGUCAACAGAAAC